AUGGCGGAAUCCUCAUUACCCUCGACGUCUUCGUCGAUUUCAGAUCAUGAAGCAAUCAAAAUAGCCCCCGAGCCGCCUAUGGAUCUAACGCUGCCUUACCGUACUCUGACCGCCACGGCGGACAUGACUGAGUACACCACUGAGACUGUAGAGGGACUUGUCCUCAAGAAAACCUUCUCCCGUAAAUCAGGCGCUCUCGAAACCCACAAACUUGUUACUUUCACCAUUAACGACCCCGAGAACCCUAAGAACUGGAGCAAAGCCUUUAAAUGGUACUGCACGAUGAUUAUCGCGUUAGUUUGCUUUAUGGUGGCAUUUGCAUCCAGCGUUGUCACUGCCGACAUCCAUGGCGUCAUGGAAGACCUGAAUGCUAGUGAAGAGGUUGCCCUGCUGAGCAUCACAUUGUUUGUUGUCGGCUUUGGAAUCGGGCCAAUGGUGUUUGCACCCCUCAGUGAGGUGCUGGGGAGGAAGAUUAUCUAUACGACGACUUUGGGUGUUGCGGUACUGUUUAUUAUCCCGGGAGCCGUAGCAAAGAAUAUUGAGACGUUACUGGUCGCAAGAAUGAUUGAUGGGAUUGCUUUCAGUGCGCCAAUGACCCUUGUGGGUGGAAGUUUGGCGGACUUGUGGAGGACGGAGGAAAGAGGAAUUCCAAUGGCGGCGUUUAGUGCCGCGCCGUUCUUAGGACCUGCCAUUGGCCCCCUGGUUGGUGGAUUUCUAUCUGAACGCGGUGGCUGGCGUUGGCUUUACUGGAUCCAACUGAUCCUUUCUGCCGUCAUCUACCUACUCAUGGUCUUUACGGUCCCAGAAACCUACGCACCCGCCCUCCUUCUGGCCCGCGCCCGUAAGACCCGCGCCACUACCGGUGACCCCAGUUUCGUCACAGAACAAGAACUCGACACUCGUAGCUUUCUCGAGAUUCUCACACUCUUCUUAGUCCGCCCAUUCCAGCUACUCUUCGGCGAACUCAUUGUCUUCUUGAUCUCUGUGUAUAUGAGCGUUCUCUACGGGCUGCUGUACAUGUUCUUCGUCGCCUUCCCAAUCGUGUACCAGGAGGGAAAAGGCUACAGUGCUGGUAUCACGGGGUUGAUGUUCAUCCCUCUUGCCAUCGGUGUAGUGGCAUCGGCAUGCUGUGCGCCCUGGGUCAAUAAGAGCUAUUUGAAACGUGCGGAGAAGUUUGGUGGGAACCCGCCGCCGGAAGUGAGGUUGAUUCCGAUGAUGUAUAGUUGCUGGUGUAUUCCAGUGGGGUUGUUUAUUUUUGCAUGGACAAGCUAUCCCCGCUUGUCAUGGGUUGGGCCGGCGUUGGGCGGAUUUCCUAUUGGGUUUGGGUUUAUCUUUUUGUAUAAUUCGGCCAACAACUAUCUUGUCGACUCGUAUCAACACCAGGCCGCAUCCGCUCUUGCGGCAAAGACAUUCCUCAGGUCGUUCUGGGGUGCUGCGACGGUCUUAUUUACGACGCAGAUGUAUCAUCGCCUGGGUGAUCAGUGGGCAUCAUCACUGCUGGCGUUCCUCGCAUUGGGUUGCUGUGCAAUCCCGUAUUUAUUCUAUUACAAGGGUGCAGCGAUUAGGAGGGGUGCCAAAUACGCGUAUUCGCCGAGCAUGGAUGAGAAGGUGGGGGACAUUGAGAAUAGAGGUUAA